AUGCAGGAAAUUAAAUCGACUCUAACAGAAUGGUUCGACUUGAAAAUCAACGUAAUAUUCAUAACAGGCAAUUUACCAGACAUGAUCUUUGCUAUGAUCACCAGUAGCUUGAAGAUCAAUCCAAUUGCGAUGCUCUCCAGACCCUUGAGCGGUAUUAGAGACAACACGAUGAUAGUUAACCUGCCGGGAAGCCCCGAAAUGGUUUCGGAAUGCUUCGGUAUUAUCAAGGAAGCCUUACCCCUCGCUUUGGAGCUCCUAACAGAACAAAAAAAAUCAGUGGUUUCUGGUCACGAAGCCAUUCUGAGCGACUCAGGAGCAUCCGUUGUCCCAACCACCAGCCUUAGUAAGGUGAAACUGGCUCCAUUAAGAAAAUACUGCUACCCUAUUAUCGAUGUUAAAUUAGCUUCUGUUAUUAUUGAGGAUGUUUGUUCUGAUAAAGAGGAAACCACAGAAACGGUGCAUUCGGAGAGAUCGUUUAAUCGAAUUGCAGCAGAAGAUUUUCGUGCUGAAGAAUCGAUUCCUUCAUUUGCAACUUCGAUUAUAGAUGGUUACGCGGUUAAAUAUAGCAAUGGCAAAGGAAUACGUGUUGUGAAGAAUGUCGCAACUGCAGAAAAUAAGCCAAUCGAUAAAGUUCUGCAGUCAGGCGAAGCGAUAAGAAUAUCGAUGGGAGAACCAAUUCCUGCGGGAGCAGACGCAGUGGUACCAUUGGAAGAUACAUCAGUAGUUGAAUAUUCGAUGGAUGGUUCUGAAGUAAUUAGGGUUGAAAUCAAAAGAGCACCCAACUAUAAUGAAAACAUAAGAAUAAUCGGAAGCGACGUAUCGAAGAAUUCUUUGGUUUUAAAAAAAGGCGAAAGUAUCAAACAUUUCUCUCUUGGAGUUUUAGCCAUGUUAGGAAAAACAAAUAUUUUGGUUUAUAAACGCCCUUCUAUAGGAAUCAUAUCAAUUGGCAAUUAUAUUUGUGAACCUAAAGAAGAACUAGCCCCUGGCAAAAUCAAAGAUGCAAAUAAAUGCACCUUCAUUAAUUUACUUAAAAAUUUCCAUUAUGAAGCAAACGAUUGUGGUAUAGCUAAAGACAAUCCUGAUGCAAUAAAGCAAGCUCUUGAACAAAGUUUUACUUGUAACGAUGUUAUUAUAACGAACAGUUUAAUGGGAGAAUUGGACAUGUUGAAACGGGUCCUCGUCGAAGAUUUUCAAGCUACUAUACAUUUUUGCAGGAUAAAGAUGAAACCCGGGUAA